AACUCGGCAAGUUUUUGCAACGAUUCCCGAAAAGUGUCGACUAAAAUUUGUAAAACGACGCACAGGGAAUUUGUACUAAAUAUAAAAUCCUAAACUUUGUUAAAAUAUAAUAAAGAGUAUUCAGUGACAACGAAAGCGUUGAAAUAUCGCGUAUAUAUCGGCUAUAACGGGCAAUUUGAAUUGUGAAAAAUUACGUGAAAAUAGCAGAAGUAGCAAAGAAGGAAGGAAAAAUCAAAGCGGGGCAGAAAGAGCUAUUUCACCAUAGUGGCUGCGUCGCCAUUUUGUCUGCUGGCCGGCUGAUUUUGCUAGCAGGAUAAAAAGAAUUUGCCAUUUUUGAAAGAAUUUAAAUCUAUCGUUGAGUGACGGCAAAAUUGCUUGGUAAUAAUCCUUGGUUAAAGUAACGAAAGAAUAAGAGAGAAUUGGAAAAUUAGAGAAUUGCGGAGCAGGGUCAUAAAGUGACGAUAAAGAUUUGCAAAUCAAGGAAAAAAGCGGAAUCAGAUUGCAGUCCAAUGUUAAUUGGGCGGAUGCAAAAAUGUUUAUGGAUUUUUGCUUCUUAUUGAAUAUGUAAAUGACCGACAGUCUGCUGGCCGAAAGCACCAACAACAAAUAGUUUUUGCUGUGGAAAGGGUCAAGGGAAGUAAGAGAGCAGAGAGCAACACAUAAAUUAAAACCACUUCAAUAAUAUAAGAAAACAAGCAAUAGCCAGAAAAAAUAAGUUAACAAUUGCAACUGCAACCACUUGAAGUCACGCUACAUAUUAAUUAUAGAAAUUACGAACGUCGGAGGAAGCAACAAGGUACAACAGCAAACAGUUGCAGCUCUAAAGGCGCAGCUGGCAGCGGAGGGUAAUCAAAAGUAGUGUAAGCCGUGGCAAGGUUUAAAUUUCUUCUUGUCUAAGUACCGAUUAGUCAAAGAGAUUUGGACAAACCCAAAAUAAUAGUAUAUUGUAUCAGCGAUAGAAACGUAUAUCUAAACAAAAGCAAAACCUGCAUCUAAGUUUCAAAGUGCAGCAGUGCCAGUGCCUCUGUUAACUACAAGCAAACAAAAAAUGACGUUUGAUACACGCGGCCGUCAGACCGGAGGAGGUGGCGGUGGCACCGGUACCGACAACUCAAAUGUUGCCACUACCAAUACAAACAGCAAUUUAAACAGUAAUAGCGGCACGUCGCCCGGAACUACUGGUAGCGGCUGUGGUGGAGGUGGUAGUAGCGUCAGCGUAGAACAACCUCCACCUCCACCUGCGGCAGUCAAUGCGGACGCAACUACACAGGGUGGUGAGCCAGUCGCCAAUCCGGCGGUAGUGGAUAACAUAACACCGGAAAAGUUGAUAUCAUCGUUUCCAACAAUUAAAUUGCGUUCGCUAACGCAAAAGAUCUCGAAUCCACGUUGGGUGGUACCGGUGCUGCCAGAACAGGAGCUGGAAGUGCUGUUGAACGCAGCAAUUGCGCUAACUGCAGCAGGUGUCGAUCAUGAUUGUGAACCAUGUGUGGAAUUUUAUCGCAACGCCCUAACCACUUCCUUUGCAAAAAUUCUUACCGACGAGGCAGUGAAUUCAUGGAAAUAUAAUAUUCAUCAUUGCAUUUUAUUGUCUUGCGGCAAAUUAUUACAUUUAAUUGCCAUACAUAUGCCACGCGAUAACCCCUAUCUGUUGGACUUGCUUGCAAUGGUAUUUGAUCCGGAAAAUAAGUUCAACACAUUUAAUGCGGCACGCCAACCGGGAUGUUUUGCUCCUCCGGAAUUUCUGUGGGGUGUAUUGGACACCAAUAAAAUGUUCGCUAAGCCACCACCAGAGCCUAAGAACCCUCGAGGCUGGCUUGUUGAUUUGAUCAAUCGUUUCGGCUAUUUGGGUGGUUUUGAUAAUCUAUUGGAACGAUUCAAUUGUGGUUUUCAAUUGCUAAAGAAGAACCAAGAACAAGGUGGAGUUGAGUCCUCGGUAUCGGGUAUAGAUUUGAGCAGCAAAACAGCCAAGAUAGCAACGGUGUCCGACGAUAGUCAGGAUAAUAAAGUGACUCUAGCGUUGAUUUUCAGCCUGCUUCGUCCAUUUGGACAGUGCUAUGAGUUAUUGACACCUGCCACCAUCGCAAAAUACUUCAUGCCGAUAUGGAAUGUGGUGCUGGAUUUGUUGGAUAGUUUUUCUGAUGAUGAAUUGAAGCGUGAAGCGAAACCGGAGGGACGCAAUGAUUACAUUAACGGUAUUGUGAAGUCGGCACGUUUGUUAGCAAGCCGUUUGCCCGGACAAGAAGAUUUAAUACGUGAUCUAGAAAUGUUUCGGCUCAAAAUGAUUUUACGUUUACUGCAAGUGUCUAGCUUUAAUGGCAAAAUGAAUGCACUAAAUGAAAUUAAUAAGGUUCUCAGCUCUGUUUCGUAUUAUUCGCAUCGUACCCAGCAAUUACAACACUGCUUGCCGGAUGAUGAAAUGGACUGGUUGACGGCAGAGCGAAUGGCGAACUGGAUCAAAGACUCUGAUGUCUUGGGCAUCGUUCUCAAGGACUCAUUGCAUCAGCCCCAAUAUGUGGAGAAACUGGAAAAAAUAAUACGCUUUCUGAUCAAAGAGCAUGCGUUGACGCUAGAGGAUUUGGAUGCAGUCUGGCGUGCCCAAGCUGGUAAGCAUGAAGCGAUUGUAAAGAACGUUCAUGAUCUCUUGGCGAAAUUGGCAUGGGAUUUUACGCCCGAACAACUGGACCACCUCUUCGAAUCAUUUCAGGCAAGUAUGACUACCGCUAAUAAGCGUCAGCGUGAACGUCUUCUUGAACUGAUAAGACGACUUGCGGAGGACGAUAAAAAUGGUGUAAUGGCGCAAAAAGUUUUGAAACUUUUCUGGACGCUCGCGCACAGUCAGGAAAUACCGCCAGAAGUAUUGGAUCAAGCGUUAGCAGCGCACGUGAAAAUAUUGGACUAUAGUUGCUCCCAGGAGCGUGAUGCGCAAAAAAUUGUUUGGUUGGACAAAUGUGUGCAGGAGUUGAAAACUGGCGAUAAUUGGGUGUUGCCCGCCUUGCGCUUGAUACGUGAAAUAUGUUGUUUGUAUGAUUCGUCCCCAAGCCAUGCACCGCGCACGCAGCAAACACUUAACCGUCAACAAGUGAUUGAGCGACUGCAGAAUGACUAUACGUUGGUCAUAGUAGUGACGAACAGUUUGACUACGUAUUUGGAUAAAAUUCGUACGAUGAUUGCUGAAAUGCCAAACGUAGAGCCGAACACCUUGUGCAUCGAUGGACGCUAUCCACAUAAUAUGCAAAUACAAGAGCGCCUGGAUUUCCUUAAAUUUCUUCUGAAGGAUGGACAACUGUGGUUGUGUGCCGAACAGGCUAAACAAAUAUGGCAUUGCCUGGCCGUGAAUGCUGUGUUCCCAUCUGAUCGAGAAGAGUGUUUCCGGUGGUUUGGUAAAUUAAUGGGUGAAGAACCGGAUCUGGAUCCCGGGAUAAACAAAGACUUUUUCGAAAAUAACAUAUUGCAAUUAGAUCCACAAUUGCUUACGGAAAGUGGCAUCAAAUGCUUUGAACGUUUCUUCAAGGCCGUAAACUCGAAGGAAGAUAAACUGAAAGCAAUACAUCGUGGCUACAUACUUGACAAUGAGGAUCUCAUCGGCAAAGACUAUUUGUGGCGGGUGAUUACCACCGGUGGUGAGGAAAUCGCCAAUAAGGCUAUUGAUCUUCUAAAAGAGGUUUCGACAGCGCUUGGGCCGCGUCUACAGGAAAGCAUUUGUGAUUUUCAUGAAAUGUUCAUUGCAGAAUGCUGUGAACGGUUGCGUACCCAUUACAGUAACAUCAUCAUCUUGGGCAAGACGAUUGGUAGCAACAGUUCAAAUGAUCCUAGUCAAUCCGAUGCUGAUUCCAAAGACAUAAAAGAUCGGUUUAUUGAAGCUGAAAAGAUGUGCCGCAUUAUAAAAGUAUUGCAAGAGUACAUAAAAGAGUGUGAUCGUUCGUUCAACGGUGAUCGCUAUCUCCUGCCACUUAGUCGCGUGACACGCGGCAAAAAUACUAGUCUUUAUAUACGCUUUCAAAAUUCUGGACGACCCAUUGAUGAUAUUGAAGUGUCUACACACAGUAAUGAAACCGUGGCCUCCUUCAAGCGAAAUCUAUUGAAACGUAUUAAAAGCAAUUCUCCAGCUAAUAUUAAAGUUGAUUUAUACUACAAUAAUGGCGAACUAAUCGAGAUUAACGAUGAGAUCAAUCCUCUCUACCAGUAUACCAUUCGGGACAAAAUGAUACUCACAGCAAAGCUAACACCAAUUGGUCCGGGGCUGGCCAGUAGCCCGGAUUCUUCGAGUGACUCGAGUACUGGCUCACCGCCACGACCCUGCCCCGACAUGCAGCGCGUCGAGUCAGAAAGCACGCUGCCCGGUGUGAUUAUCGCACAGAAUUACAAAUAUACUGAGUUUUUCUUGAAGCUCUAUCAACUGGGCAGCGAUUUGGACCAUGGACGUUUGCGCGAGAGUGCCAAAUUGCUGUUGCAUCUGUUGCCAUGCGAUUGGCAUACAGUAAAGAUGCUUCAGACGAUGUGCCGCGUGCAGGGACAGGUACAGAGCGAUGGUGGUGGUGGUAGUGUAGCUGUGAGUGUAGGACCUGGCGUUGGAAGUAGUGCUGGACAAAGUGGCGCCAAAGACGAAGAGGCUGAUAUUGUUGGUAUGAGUACCGGCGGCAAUGUUGGAAGCUGCAGUACUGGAGUGCAAAACAGCACAGCUUUUGAUAAUGAUCAGGUUAAUCCACAGGAGUGCACUCCGGAGAUGCUAUUCCUCCACGGCACUCCUGCGCAGGUGCUGUACAAUUUGGGUGUUUUGAAUGGUUUGCUUAUACCAGCAUUGGAUCCCUGUGGCGAAUCUGCACUGCUAGUACAAUCAGCUUGGUUACACUCUGGUUGUGCGCAUUUCGUUUUGGAGUUGCUGACCAAAAAUAAUUUUCUACCCAACGCCGAUAUGCACACUAAGCGUGCCGCUUUCCAUUGUGUGUUGCGCUUGGCCAGGUUGUUCCUCUACACCGUGGGCUAUGUGCUGUCGCGUGUCGGCGAUGAGCCAAUGCUGCGCGAUUUCGAUGUUGGUGCACGGUCACAAGUCGAAAUACUUAAGCAAAUACUGAAUUCAAUACCAAACAAUUCGGAAAGCACGAUGCGCGCCAUAUCCACGAAAUUAGCCGAGAAUUUGGCUGCGGAAAUGCUUUCGGCGAGCGCUGAGGGUGAGCGAUGUCGCAUACUAUUCAGCUCGACGUUGCAGUGGUCUUGUCCGGACAUUGCGACCAUUAAGGCAGUCAUACAAUUGGCUUGGUCGUCAUCGUGUGGAAAUUUACAGGCGCUUGGCAAUAAAAAUGACUUCGCUAAUGAUAUCACAAUGCCGGAUGCCCAGGAUUUCGCGAUGUGCAAAGAGGCUUUAGAUGUGCUAACCAUUUCAUUGGUUCUUAAUCCGAGUGCUAAUGAGGCGUUGAGCAAUGAUACCAUUUGGCCGAAAUUCAUUACUUCGCUUAUACUAAAGAAUCCAUCGCGCCACGUACGUCAAAUUGCUGCCGAUCAGCUAUUCCUUUCAUGCACCUAUUGUGCUGGCGACCGACGUCCAUUCGCUUAUAUGGUAAAUUUGCUAGUGAAUUCGUUGAAAACGUUGGUGCCACAAUACGAGGCAACAUGCGCUGACUUCUUUCAACUGCUUUGUCGUACACUAUCAUAUGGAAAUGUGUGCAAUUGGCCACUCAACAUUGGUUCUGUACUGCUGACUGAGGAGAUCAAAUGGUUGCAAAAGAUACGUGAAAAUGUUUUACUCACUGGUGAUAUACAAGUGCAUGAAGAUCUUUUGGAGGGCCAUUUGUGCUUGGCCAAAGAGUUGAUGUUCUUCUUGUCGCCUGAAACAAAGGCACAAUUUACAUACCUGAUAGAAGAGCUUGUUGACAUUUUCCUCUUUCCGUCAUCAUGCGAAUAUCUGCACUUGCGAGAGUUCAAUAAGCUGAGAAAUCCGACUUCACCGCCACCCGUUUGCCGUAGUCCACACACCAUAGCGGCGGCAUGCGAUUUGUUGAUAGCACUUUGUCAGAAUUGUGUUCCUAAUAUGAAGUUGCUGACCAAUACACUGAUCGAUUUCGUGUGCACCGAUACGGAGCCAUUGCGAGAAUGGGACUUUCUGCCACCAGUUGGCCCACGACCUGUUAAAGGAUUUUGUGGUUUGAAAAAUGCCGGUGCGACGUGCUAUAUGAAUUCGGUGCUGCAACAAUUGUAUAUGGUGCCAUCCAUACGUGUCGGCAUACUGAAAGCCGACGGUGCUGCAACAAUUGAAAAUGAAGAUUUUGGCGGCGAAUCUGAUGUAACUAGUAUUAAUAGUGCAUUAUUUUCCAGUCCUGGCGGCGAAGAUAGCAGCACUGACGUACGAAAAAACUAUCAUGUGGUUAUAUUGAAGUAUGUGCAGGCGAUAUUUGCCCAUUUGGGUCAUAGUGCGCUACAAUACUAUGUGCCACGUGGCCUGUGGGCGUACUUCAAGUUACAAGGGGAACCGGUGAAUUUGCGUGAGCAACAAGAUGCUGUAGAAUUUUUCAUGUCAUUAUUCGAAAGCUUGGAUGAAGGUCUCAAGGCAUUAGGUCAUACGCAACUAAUGAAUGCUACCUUGGGUGGUUCCUUCAGCGAUCAAAAGAUUUGCCAAGAAUGCCCGCACCGCUAUUCCAAAGAGGAGCCCUUUAGUGUGUUUAGUGUGGAUAUACGAAAUCAUAGCUCAUUAACAGAGUCACUGGAGCAGUAUGUAAAAGGUGAACUGUUGGAGGGAGCUGAUGCAUACCAUUGUGAUAAAUGUGAUAAAAAAGUAGUUACAAUUAAGCGGUUGUGUGUAAGAAAACUUCCGCCUGUGUUAGCCAUUCAAUUAAAGCGUUUCGAAUACGAUUACGAGCGCGUUUGCGCUAUUAAAUUUAAUGAUUACUUUGAGUUCCCACGUGUACUUGAUAUGGAGCCAUAUACAGUUUCUGGCUUGGCCAAACUAGAGGGUGAAGUCGUCGAGGUGGGUGACAAUUGUCAAUCAAAUAGCGAGACCACUAAAUAUGAGUUAACUGGCAUCGUGGUACAUAGCGGACAGGCUUCCGGUGGCCAUUACUUUAGUUACAUACUUUCUAAAAAUCCUUCCACUGGCAAGGAGCAAUGGUAUAAAUUCGACGAUGGAGAGGUGAGCGAAUGUAAAAUGCACGAGGAUGAGGAGUUGAAAGCACAAUGCUUUGGUGGUGAUUACAUGGGUGAGAUUUAUGAUAACAAUUUAAAGCGCAUGCAAUACAGACGUCAGAAGCGUUGGUGGAAUGCAUACAUGCUCUUCUAUACGCGUUGCGAUCAAAAACCCGUACAAUUCGAGCCUUGUGUGGAGCAGUUGUCGUUGGCAGAGAGCCGCAAUUUCGUAUUGCCGCUACCAAAACCAAUCGAGCGCAGUGUACGUCACCAAAAUAUACGAUUUUUGCACUCAAAGAGCAUUUUCUCGGUAGAAUUUUUCAAUUUCAUUAAGAAGUUAGUUAGCUGCAGUAUUCCUUCAACACGUCCCGACAAAAUGACACCAGCUGCUGAGGAGCUUUCAUUAUUGGGCGUGCAACUAGCAUCACAAUUCUUGUUCCACACAGGUUUUAGAACGAAAAAAUCACUGCGUGGGCCAGUUAUAGAAUGGUAUGACACACUAUCACAUCACAUUCGUUUCUCCUCGUUGGUGCGCAAAUGGUUUGCCAACAAUGCGCUUCUCAACCCCGAGUCCCGUUUGGGCGAAUAUAUAUUGAUGGCCCCCUCUCCGGAGGUGCGAACUGUAUUUGUAAAAUUGGUGGUUUUCUUCUGUCACUUUGCCAUAGCCGACGAGCCGCUGGUUGGCUACGAAGGCAGCAAUCUAUGUGAACAGAUUUUAAUAAGCGUACUGGAGCUGUUGAAGUGUGAGGCAGUCGAUUAUGGCAAACAUUUGCCGCACUAUUUCAGUUUGUUCAGCAUGUACGUGGGAUUGGGUACACCAGAAAAGAAACAGUUGUUAAAGUUGAAUGUGCCCUUUAUAUUUAUGCAAGUCGCUUUGGAUGAAGGUCCCGGUCCGUCGAUCAAAUAUCAGUAUCCCGAACUGAGCAAGCUGCAUCAGGUCGUUUCGCAUUUAAUACGUUGCAGCGAUAUCUCCGACAAGUGUCAGAAUUCGAAUCAGAAUGCACAACCGCUCGAGAAUCCAUACAAAGAUCAAAACAUAAGUCGCGAAGAGUUGAUGCCAUUAUCGCCGGAAUGUGCGGACAUACUCUUCAAUCGAACAGGUUAUAUUAAGAAGCUAAUAGAGGACACAGCUGUGGGUGAAGAAGGUAUAAAAUUACUACAAUACUGCAGUUGGGAGAAUCCGCAUUUCUCACGUGCUGUAUUAACUGAACUGCUGUGGCAAUGCGGGUUUGCUUAUUGUCACGACAUGCGUCAUCACACCGAGUUGCUGUUGCAUAUUUUGUUAAUCAAAGAUUCAUGGCAGCACCAUCGCAUACACAAUGCGCUCAACGGUGUAGCGGAGGAGCGCGAAGGUCUGUUGGAGACGAUACAGCGCACAAAGACACAUUACCAAAAGCGUGCAUACCAAAUAAUCAAAUGCCUUACACAACUAUUCCACAAAUCACAUGUGGCCCUACAGAUGCUCAACUCGAAUGCCAGUAUCGCACGGCAUUGGACCAUGGCAGUGGAAUGGUUGCAGGAUGAGUUGGAGAGGCAACGUAGUUGUCAGUACAAUUCAUAUUCGUGGUCACCACCCGCACAGAGCAAUGAUAACACAAAUGGCUACAUGCUGGAACGUUCACAAUCCGCCAAAAAUACAUGGUCCAUGGCGUAUGAGUUAUGCCCUGAAGAGGAACAAGAAGAGACUAAUGAGUCGGACAUUGAACCGACUGAAGAGACGCAGCGACAACAACAACAGCAACAAAUAGCGCAGACGCUGCAGGCACCCGUAGCGGGUGAUGCGCUCACAAGUGAUACAGUACCCGCGAGUCCAGCACACAAACCGUUUAUAGUGGGCAUGGCACCGGGUAGCUCCAUUGACUGGUCUGCUGCAAACACAUUUGCGGUAGAUAGUCACACAGCAACAACUACAACCACUUCCACUACGAGCAGUGGAGGCGGUGUUGGCGGUGUUGGCGGCACUAGCGGUAGUGUUGUGACGGCUGUAAAUAGCACUGAACAACAACAAGCAGCCACGACAGAGGCGAACAUAAACGGUUUGACGGCGAAUGUGAAGCAGCUGGCGCUUUCUCCCAAAACGUCCAUCAGCGGCGGCAUUGGUGAGACGACAACGACUACAAUAAUGACGACGAUGACUGGCCGAGACAUCGAAAACUCCAAGCAACCAAUGCUGAAAACACAGCAACAGCAACAGCAUCAACAUCAGCAGCAGACAAUGGCAAUAAUGUCGACUGCGCUCAUACAACAUCAACAACCAGCGGCAGUAGUUACGUUAGCACUAACAACAACAACAAUAUCAAAAUCAACAACAACGAUUUCAAUAAGUUUGCCUGUAAAUACAAUAAUUGCAACAGCUACAACCACAACGGAAGCAAUAGCAACAGCAACACCAUCAACCACACUAAUAAACACACUCACCGCAGUAGCAGCAGCAGCAACAACAGCCACAGCAACCAAAUUGGAAAAUAGCGAUAAAAUGACAGCAACAUCAACAGCAACAACAACAACAACAACACUCAAUGAACAACAGCCCAUAACGUAGAUGAAGAUAAAAAAUGAAUAAGAAAACUAAAGAAAAAUGUUAUAUUAAACGAAACAGAAACAGAAAAGAAAAACUAUACGUAAACGUGCGUUUUUUCAUCAUUUAAGAAGCAAAUAUACACAUACAUACACAUACACAUAUAAAUGAAAAAAGGAGGCAGAAGCAAACUAAUACAAAACAAAGAUGCAAAUAAUAUUAAUUUAAUUUAUUCAUUAUGAUAAUAAAAUAAAUAUAAAAUAUUGCAAAUAACAAAACCAAGUGGGAAGCGAACUAAAGGAUUACGUGUAAACGUAAGCGUAGGAAGAAAAAAGAGGCAAUCGAGAGGAGAGAGACGGCAAAUAGUGCGUGUUGCGGCAUUAGCGGCGCAAGCUGGGCGAACAGCUUAAAACAAAGCAUAGAAGGCAUUUGUUCGUUAAAUUUUUCGUUUAUUUACUUUGUUCGUACAUCGCACCAAAGCGCCUAAAAGCAGAUUACACAAGACAGCGCCUGCAAAGCCCGAAUGUACUACGUGUGCGGCAUGUCUUGGCAUUGUACUCGACUUGAAAGGAACUUACAGCAAACGAACAAUGAAAGUUUCUUGGUUUGCCACAAUCGGGCUUUAACAAAGUGAUUAACCUAAACAAAAUAAAGUAUUCAUACAACUUAAUUAGAAAUAUUUUGCGGAUACAACUACGUACACAACAAAAACAAAUUAGCAGAACGCAUACAAUUGCAUUAUAUCAUAAAAAAAAAUGAAAAUAAAGGAGAGAAGGGCCGUGCGAAUUUGAAAGGCGGCUAAAGAAGUAGAUUGAUGAUGGUGGUGACGAUUAGCAGAUGAAAAGUAUGUGGUUGAAUAGUUUUAUACGUUAAGCAUUAUUAUAAAAAUAAUUACCAUACUAUGAAAAAGGAAGGAAGCUGUAGCACACAUACACUCACACACACACACACAUCUAAAACCAAACAACACACUCAAUUGCAGUUAUAAUUACUUGGCUGAGGAAAAGGAAAUUAUUAAGCGGUAAUUAAGCGGAAUGUUGCAUCGUGCAAGCAAUGGAAAAGAGUCACUGAUAAAAAUUAUGCGUUUUGGCGUGAUGAAGAAAAAACGAUUAAAUUUAAUUUAAUUGCAAAUAUACAUACAUACUUCAAAAACAAUUUUAAAUUACUAUCUAGGCAAAAAAAAAAAAUGCAAACUCAAUCGAAAUAAUAAAAUAAUUAAAGAUUAAACUAAACAAUAUAAAUAUAUAGAUAUAUACUAUAUAAUAUUUAUGUAUGUGCUGUGCAACACAAAACAUUGCAGAACUGAUAAUUGGAAGAAAUAUUACAUACAUACACGCAUAAAAGCGAAAUGAAUUGUAAGAUUUUGUUUGUAAAUGAGAUAAAUUGCAUUGUGCUGCCAUGGCCAUGGUGUUGGGCGCAUCCAUCUUGGCUGGAUUUGUUGUAUUGUAUUUUUAAUGAAUUAAUUAAUUUUCCAACUGCGUUUUAGUGCAAAAUUUAGCUAGUUUUCUUUACUCUUUUCCUUUUUAUACACAUACAUACAUAUAUUAUAUUAUUGUAAAAAAAUAUACCUGUUUGUUUUUUAAAUAAUUUUUAAACUCCUGACAUAAACAUAAAAACAAGUAAAGUAAAAACAAAAACAUGAAAAUAAUAUAAAUGAGCAAGUAACUAAACAUUUAUUACGCUUGAAAAAGUAAACAUGUUAAAGUAAAGUUAUAAAAAGAUGAAUAAAAAGAAAAUGAGAGAGUUAA